AUGCAGAGGCCAACCAGCGGCCAAGGCACUGCUUUCUCCAUCGAUUCGCUGAUCGGGCACUCGCCGCCUGCCCCGCGCUCCGGCCCGCUGCUCUACACCGGCUACCCGAUGUUCAUGCCCUACCGCCCGCUGGUGCUGCCACACGGCCCGCUGCAAGCCGCCACCGGGCUGCCCCCGCUGGCCCCGCUGGCCUCUUUCGCCGGCCGCCUCACCAACUCCUUCUGCGCUAGUCUCGGCCAAGCCGUCCCGUCCAUGGUGGCGCUCACCACGGCCUUGCCAAGCUUCGGGGAGCCCCCGGACGGCUUCUACCCACCUCAGGAGCUGCCGGUCGCGGGGCGAAGCAGCACCGAGCCACCCUGCCGCCGACGCAGCGCGGCCGACGGUCUGGACAGCGGCGAACUGUCUCCCUCCCGGGACAAAGGACCUCUGGAGCCACCUGAGCCACCACCCCCACUCCUCCCUCCCUCCCUCCCUCUCUUUCCCGCAGAAGGCAAGGCCUACAGCUCGGACGAGGAGAAGGCGGACGGGCGGGCCGGGGAGGCGGCCUGUGGCAGCGAGCACGAAGAGGACAGCUCGGCGGAGGCGGAAAGCGAAGAGGAGCCUUUCCUGGAAGGACCGGGCGGCGGGUCGCUGGCGGCUAAGACCAAGGCUAAGCGUGGCUCGGGCGAGCCGGCGGCGGCGGCUGCCGGUACCGCGGCGGCGGCGGCGGCGGCGGCGGCGGCGGCGUCCUCGUCGGGCCCGGGCAAGAGCCGGCGGCGGCGCACAGCCUUCACCAGCGAGCAGCUGCUGGAGCUGGAGAAGGAGUUCCACUGCAAGAAGUACCUGAGCCUGACGGAGCGCUCGCAGAUCGCGCACGCCCUCAAACUCAGCGAGGUCCAGGUCAAGAUCUGGUUCCAGAACCGGCGCGCCAAGUGGAAGCGCAUCAAGGCCGGCAACGUCACGGGGCGCUCGGGCGAGCCUGUCCGGAACCCCAAGAUCGUGGUGCCCAUCCCGGUCCACGUCAACCGCUUCGCCGUGCGCAGCCAGCACCAGCAGCUGGAGCAGGGCCAGCGCCCCUGACGCCCUGCGGCGCCCCCCUGUACAGCCCCCCUUAUUUAUUCGGUGUAAAGUUGUACAUACGGGCGCGCCCUUCCCCCCACCCGUGCCUCGGCCUCUUGUACAUAGGUAUCACCAGCC